GGGCCGCCAUUUUGACUGAGCAGUCCUAGUGACAGGAGGCGAAGCAGCAGCGCAGGUUGUCCCCGUUUCCCCUCCCCCUUCCCUUCUCCGGUUGACUUCCCGGGCCCCCUACACUCCACAAUCCCGGUCCCGCCAUGUCCCAGAAGCAAGAAGAGGAGAACCCUGCGGAGGAGACCGGCGAGGAGAAGCAGGACACGCAGGAGAAAGAAGGUAUUCUCCCUGAGAGAGCUGAGGAGGCAAAGCUAAAGGCCAAAUAUCCAAGCCUAGGACAAAAGCCUGGAGGCUCCGACUUCCUCAUGAAGAGACUCCAGAAAGGGCAAAAGUACUUUGACUCAGGAGACUACAACAUGGCCAAAGCCAAGAUGAAGAAUAAGCAGCUGCCAAGCGCAGGACCAGACAAGAACCUGGUGACUGGUGACCACAUCCCCACCCCACAGGAUCUGCCCCAGAGAAAGUCCUCGCUCGUCACCAGCAAGCUUGCGGGUGGCCAAGUUGAAUGAUGCUGCCCGGGGCUCCGCCAGAUCCUGAGACGCUGCCCCCCUGGGUCCUUUGCUGGCUCCUGCCUCUCCCUGCCUUUGCAGCCAGGGGUCAGGAGGUGGCUCGGGCGCGGGCUGGAGAGGCAGAAGCCCCUGCCCGUCGGUGUCCCAGCGCAUGGAGCCCCUUGGGCUGAGCACCAAGACUUUGAACCUUUUUUGUUUUUCUUUUUUUCCAAAUAACUGUUGGGAGAAAUCUCAGUGAAAUUCUGGGGGUGGGGGUGGGGGUUUGAGAGGGUGGGGUGAGAGAUUUGGGGGAAUAUGAAUUCAGGCUUGGAGUUGAUAAAAACAUUCCUGACUAUCCUCCUCCUUAACCAUGUGGCUGGUGUGAGGUGGGUGUGAGGGGGAAGAAGUGGAGCAGACUACAGAUGAGGGGUUCUAAUUCAGCUCUGUAGAAAAAUGCCUUGUUUGCUUGGAUGUGGCUGGGGAUCUGGUGUGAGAUAAAAGAAACUCCAUCUAAAUGUGACAGAUGCAAACAGCUCCUCUAGUUCUGCAGAGCAACCUAAGAACUCAAUUAAUGUUAAUUGUUCAUUAAAAAAAAAAGUGCUGUCCUUGAAAUAGAUUUGCUGUGGGGAGAAGGGCAGUGAGUGUGGGGAGAAGGGGCCAUGAGUGUGGGGAGCCCCACAGAGCCCAGGGGACUUUUUCAGUAUUUGAAAUAAAAAAGAAAAGAAGACCCACGAAAAAAACCCAACCCAGAAA